AUGGAUAGUGAAUCAGGACAUCCAAAACUCAUUCGAACGAACUACCAUUCUUGGAGAUUGGACGCCGAAGUUCAACUUAUCGGCAUCGGAGCACUAGGGAUCGUUGAAGGCACCGAGCCUGUUCCCGAGAUCCCUAUCACAACUCGAGCAGCUGAAAUCACAACCUAUACCCAAAGCGUUAAAGACUAUCGACAAGCCCGAGAAAAGGCAAUACAAUGGAUCUGGAAUCACAUCCACAGCGACUUUCACAGCAUCGUUGCAGCUGUUCGUCGAGACCCGCGAGACAUGUGGCUGGAACUCGAACGGCGACUAGAUGCUGUCUGUCCGUUCCACUAUGACUACAAUUGGAUCAACGAUGAGUUACCGGAAGGCUAG